UGCAGUUUGGCUGGGGCUAAGGAGGAAAGUUCGUGCUUUAUUCGUUUUUAUUUUGGAAAAUGGAAACCUAAGCGGCUUAAAAAGCUGGUGAUGUGUAGUGGUAGACUGGUUUGAAGAUAUUACUGGCUAGUUUUAGGUUUUAGUGUUAAGCCGCGAUUUAUCAAUUGGCGACCACAAUGUUGUACCUUGAGGAUUACCUGGAGAUGAUAGAACAUUUGCCGCAGGAGCUACGGGACCGGUUUACAGAGAUGCGAGAGAUGGAUCUUGCCGUUCAAAAUAACAGCGACACCUUGGCAAAACGUGCAAAGGCAUUAUUCACACAAUGUCGUCACAACGAGCUGUCCACCGACGAGGCAGACUCUGAGUUCGCCAAUAUCAGAAACGAGUAUUAUCGUGUAUUGGAAGAUGCCGAUGAAAAGGUUCAACUGGCAGGUCAAAUGUAUGAUCUGGUUGACAGGUAUUUGCGUCGCCUUGAUACUGAGCUUUAUAAGUUCAAGUGUGAGCUAGAAGCAGAUCACAACGGUAUUACUGAAAUACUGGAGAAACGGUCGCUUGAGCUAGAUAAUACUACCAGCAAUGGAAACACAAUUCAGAAGGAGAACCGAUUCUAUGACGCUCACGGUCCGAUCACCCCAUCGUCGGCAAAUCGUGUCGAUAGUCGCCAUAAAGUGAAAUCAGAAAAGCGUCGUAAUAGCCAUGCUUCCUCCGGGUUUGGUUCUUUCGAAAAGCGUGUUGCUGCAACCUCUACACCAUUAAGUAUUGGCCCAUCGCCUGCUGGUUCGAAUAGUUCGAGUUCGACUAUCACCACCCCCAAUGUAUUGAAUCCAUCGCCAGGUGGAUCCGUGGCGUACAAUUUGCAGACUUUUGGUGCUGGAAAUGCUAUUGCAGCAGCAGCAUCUCAAGCAAUUGCUCAAACUCAACAAAUGCAACAAGGAAGGCGUACCGCAAGUUUAAAGGCGUCCUACGAGGCAAUCGGAGCUGCUGGAUCUCAUGAAUUACUGAUUAAUAGCGAAUUGGCUGGUGCAACUCAUAAUGCAAUACAAGCAGUUGAGCGAGAAUCGAAUGCCUUCUCAAACCAGCGCCGUCAAAAAAAGAAAAAUCCUAACAACACAGUUUCGACAGGAGCUCUUCAAAUGCAGCAGCCAUUGACUCCUCAACCAGCACCAUUACAUCAGCCUACGACUCUAUUACCACAACAACAACAAUCAAUUCAACUGGAGCAAGCAACAACUCAACAUCAACAACAAUUGCUUCCCACACAUCAGCAUCAACCCCAGUUAGCAACAAAUGUCUCAACGGUACCAUCAUCAGUUGGCUCAGCAGUGCAGUUGCAAGUUCAACCACAUUCAAAAGCGACAUCUCAUAAUAUGCCGUUGCCUCACUCGACACAAAUGCAACAAUUGUCUCUACAGCAGCAGCAGCUGCUGCAAAAAGCACAGCCACUUACUCAGGGGCAGCUUCCGCAACAACCGCCCCAAUUACAACAACAGCAAAUGAAGCAGCAGUCGCGUAAUUUGUCGCAGCAGCAUCAGCUUACCCAGCCCCAUACGGUUGGUGAAUCGUUGACACAAUCAUUGACACAGCCACUUCCACAAAUACGGAAAUUACCAUAUGUGCCAGGCACUGCCCCAGCGAAACCGCACCAGUUGCGACAAGAACUUCAACAACAGCUGUUGCGACAGCAGAAACAGAUAAAGAUUCCAGGUGGACCUUUGGAGUCGGAAUCGUCCUCGUUGGUGCCGCAGCAGCAAUCACAAUUGUCGCAACAGCAGGUACCAAAUCCGCCGCAACAGCAUCUGCAUGUUCAGUUAGCACAACCACAUGUUAAGCUGCAACAAAAACCUCAUAAGCAACAACCAAUCCAGUUUCAACCACAACAGCAACAGCAGACUUCGAAUUUAUCGUCCGUUCAAUCAUCACUCACACAAACUCAGCAGCAUCUGCCACAAACGGUUCACCAGGUACAACAGAACUCGCAACCACAAAUGCAACCGAUAUCGAACCAGCAGCAUCUACCGUUAACACAGCAGCAGCAGCAAUUGAAACCGCAUCAUAUGGUAAAAGAUGGAAAGGAGUAUUUCAUAGUUCAGAGUCGAGCAUUGCAGCACCAACAACGAGUGAUAGCUGUGGCUUUACCGAAGCAUCUCCAAACACAACAUGUCAAAAAACAAGAGCAGCAACUGCAACAGCAGCAUAUACAUCAGAAUAUUUCUCAACUGGGCUGUACCUCGUCAUCGUAUCAGACUCAGCAGCAGCAACAGUCCUCAACACAUUUGCUACAACCGCAAACGCAGCAGUUGGCAAUGCAACAGCAACAGUCUGUACAGGUUGGGCAAAACCUGCAGGAACAACAACCACAUGGUCAGAUUGUUCAGCCGCAACAGCAACAAGUUGCGCAAACAUCUCAUUCAAUUACAUCGACUGCAUACUCACAAAUGCAACAAUUGCCAAGUCCAAGUACAUCGCAAUUACAACAGCAUCAGGCAGUAGGACAAACGUCGUUGCUUGGCCAACAAAGCAGUGGAUUAAGCUCUAUGUCUUCGAUUGAUACACUAGAUCCUAUGGCUAGUGCAUCACUGGAAACCAUUGAUUCCGGAAUUCCAUUGGAACCGGAGAGCGAGUGGUCGUACGAUCCGAAUGAGCCGCGCUACUGCAUCUGCAAUCAGGUUUCAUACGGAGAUAUGGUGGCUUGUGAUAAUGAAGGGUGUCCAUUUGAAUGGUUCCACUAUCCGUGCGUGAACAUCACUUCGUCACCAAAAGGGAAAUGGUAUUGUCCACAAUGCAGCACUUCUAUGAAACGACGAGGCUCACGUAAAAAUUAGCAAGCGCGUAACACGUUGAAUGUGCAUAUUUCUCCAUUUAGUAUGAUUUAUCACAUACUUAUUUAAGUUAAAUUCACAUGUAACAGUCGCGAGUGGCCGCUAUAGUUGAGAAAAUGAGGCUUCUAAAUUGUGGCAUGAGGCUUCUAAAUUGAGGCAGAAAUUGUAAAUAGUAUUCGAAUCGGAUGAUUAAAUCAACCUUGCAGCAGUCAUACAGGAUGCUUUUAUUAUUACAACGGUUUUCUGGUUAGCAUACGCAGCGUCGUUCCGCAAUCGGUUCUUCGUUUUACUCUGUUGUACAUUAGUUCAAUUUAAAAUUGUAUAUUUAUAUAAAUAUAUUCUUAGUAGUAGACGAAAAAAUUGUUUGAAUUGUAUAUUAAAUCAUAUAUAUAGCUAUAUCAUCAUUAAUAAAUUAACCGUAUGUACCGUAGGCAGCGUUACGGUUGUCAAUCAAAAACAAAGAGGGACAGUUGCAUUGAUUUUAUUUUAUGCUUGUUUCACUUACUUGUUUUACUUAAUAAACGUAAAGGAAGCCUUUUGGAGGCCUUCGAAGAAUGAAAGAAUGUA